AUGCCCCCACGGCGCUCGGCCCGCAUCCAGGCCAUCUCCUCCAGCUCCGGCUCCUCCGCUGGGCCGGGCACCGGCUCCAGCCCUGCACUGGGGUCAGCCGGGGUGCGGAGCGGCUCCCCGGGAUCGCCGCCGGCCCCCGACAGCCCGGACCUCAGCAGUGGUGACUCUGGCAGCGACUUCGAGGACACGCUGCGGCUGCGCAGCAAGCGGGGACCCCAGCGGGCGCUGAGCCACAGCCCCGUACGUCCUGCCCCCACCUUCCAGCCACGUUCCCCGGAGACCAGCAGGGACAGGAGCAGUCCAGCCGCGAGCAACCCAGAGCAAAACACCCUCUUUGAGGCCAUCAGGUCGGCCAAGACUGCCGUCGAGACGGUGGUGGAUGACUGGCUGGAGACCUAUAAGCAGGACCGUGAGAUGGGGUUCCUGGAGCUUGUCAACUUUAUCAUCCGCUCCUGUGGCUGCAGAGGUGUGGUGACCCCAAAGAUGUUCAGGGACCUGCAGAACUCGGAGAUCAUCCAGCAGCUGACGGAGAAGUUCGAGGAGGAUUCAGCUGAGUACCCGCUCUCACUGGGCACCCAGCCCUGGCGCCGCUUCCGGGCCGGCUUCUGCGAGCUGGUGGCGGUGGUGGUGCGGCGGUGCCAGUACAGCGUUGUCUACGACGAGUUCCUGAUGGAUGCCCUCAUCUCCCUGCUCACCGGCCUCUCCGACUCCCAGGUGCGGGCUUUCCGCCACACCAGCACCCUGGCAGCCAUGAAGCUGAUGACAGCGUUGGUGAACGUGGCGCUGGGUGUGAGCCUGCACCAGGAGAACAACCAGCGGCAGUACGAGGCCGAGCGGAGCAAGGGGCCUGGCCGUCGGGCCACCGACAAGCUUGAGGCACUGCUGGAGAAGCGCCGGGAGCUCCGGGAGCAGCAGGAGGAGAUCGAGAACAUGAUGAACGCCAUCUUCAAGGGCGUCUUCGUGCACCGCUACAGAGAUGUGGUGCCCGAGAUCCGGGCCAUCUGCAUGGAGGAGCUGGGGACGUGGAUGAGGAGCUACGCAGCCUCCUUCCUCACCGACGGCUACCUCAAGUACAUUGGCUGGAACCUGCACGACAAGCAGCGGGAGGUGCGUCUGCAGUGCGUGAAGGCACUGCAGGGGCUGUACUGCCACCGGGACACAGCCGCCCACAUGGAGCUCUUCACCAGCCGCUUCAAGACCCGCAUGGUGUCCAUGGUCCUUGACAAGGAGCCUGAUGUGGCCGUGGAGGUGGUGAAGUUGCUGACGCUGAUGCUGGAGAACAUGGAGGAGGCGCUGACAGAGGAGGACUGCCAGAGCGUCUACCCCGUGGUCUACGUAUCCAGCCGAGCACUCGCCUCCGCCGCCGGGCUUUUCCUCUACCGCCGGCUGCUGGACCCCCAGCGAGAGGUGGGCAGGGAGCUGUCUCAUGAUGGGGACAACAGGACCUUCUUCCGGCUGCUUCUGGCCUUCUUCAUCGAGAGCGAGCUCCAUGAGCACGCAGCCUACUUGGUGGACAGCCUGUGGGACUGCGCCGGGCCCCGGCUGAGAGACUGGGAGACCAUCAGCGCUUUGCUGUUGGAGGAGUCGCCCACUGAGGGCCUGGCAGACCGGCAGGAGAAGGCACUGGUGGAGAUCCUGGCAGCCAGCGUGGUCCAGGCGGCCGAGGGGCAGCCUCCGGUGGGCCGCGGCCCGGCCAAGAAGCCCCUUGUCUGCCUCCAGCCCUCAGCCCGGGAGCGCAAGGUGCAGGUGGAGGAGAGAACCCGGCUCACCCACUGCCUUGUCCCAGCCCUGCCCCAGCUGCUGGCCAAGUUCUCAGCCGACGCUGAGAAGGUGGCUCCGCUCCUGGAGGUGCUGCGCUGCUUCGACCUCAGCAUCUACUGCACCGGGCGGCUGGAGAAGCACCUGGAGCUGGUGCUGGGGCAGCUGCAGGAGGUGGUGGAGAAGCACGCAGGGCAGACAGUGCUGGAAGCUGCGUCCCGCGCGCUCCACGCGCUCUGCGACCCUGAGCUCGCCCUGCAUGGCCGCGGGGACCUGGUGCGCAGCCGCCUUGCCGACCAGCUGGCCGACAAGUUCCACCAGGAUGUCACUGAGCUGCUUCAGGCCUCGUCCCUGGACGAGGAGGAGGUGUACAGCAUGGCGGCCACACUGAAGAGGAUCUCCAUCCUGUUCAACGCCCACGACCUGACUCCCUGGCAGCUCUUUGAGCCCUGCACCCGGCUCCUGCAGUGCGCUGUGGACACAGGCGAGGUGCCUCCGCAGGUCCUUGUCCCCGCCAUCACCUGCCUCCACUUCCACAUCCUCUGGGACCUCUCACGCCUGCCCAGCACCGAUGUCCCCCAGGAGCAGCUGCAGAGCCUGAAGACCAGAGUGACCUCCUUCUGCUCGCUGUGCCAGAGCUGCCUGUCCGAUGUGGACGCCGGCGUCCGGGAGCAGGCCUUCGUGGUGCUCAGCGACCUGCUGCUGGUGUUUGGGCCCCAGCUGCCACAGGACGGGCGGGAGGCGCUGGCCCCACUGGUGCUGCUGCCCGACGCGGGGCUGCAGUCCCAGCUGGCCGCCUUCCUCAUGGACCACGUUUUCCACCACGCCUGCAGCCAUGAGGAGCUCUCAGCUGCGGAGGACAGCGAGAGCCGCAUCGAGGAGCUGCACCAGCGCCGGGUGCUCCUGGCCGGCUUCUGCAAACUCAUCAUCUACAACGUGCUGGAGCUCAGUGCUGCCUCCGACGUCUUCAAGCACUACGCCAAGUUUUACAGUGACUACGGGGACAUCAUCAAAGAGACGCUGAACUGCACCCGUCAGAUGGACCGGCAGGAGUGGGCUCGCACCCUGCUGCUCAGCUUGCAGCAGCUGAUGACGGAGCUACUGCUGCAGCAAGGCCCCGAGAUCCAGGCAGCCGAGGCUUUCCUGGAGAUCCGGGAUCUGGCACGGCGCUUCUCCCUGCUCUUUAGCCUCCACCAGCUCCGCAACCGCCCGGCACUGCUCAGCGUGCACAAGGAGGGGAUCCAGUUUGCCUUCCAGGAGCCUCCGGGCCCCGGGCCAGGGCUGCCACCCCUCAACCUGCCCUUCCUGGAGGUGCUGAGCGAGUUCUCACCCCGGCUGCUGCGCCCUGACAAGGCCCUGCUCCUGGCCUACCUGGAGAAGAUGUGCCAGGAGCAGCGGUGGUUGGUGCCGCGGGAUGCACCGUGGCCGUCCCUUGUCACCUACCGCAACUCCCUGCAGCCGCAGGAGGAGGGGGGCUCGCAACUCCCUGUCCCACUGGCGCAGCGGGAUAAACCGGGCCAGCUCCGGGACCUCUUUGACUCUACCAUCCUGGGCAUCGAGGUGAGCUGGAGGGAACGCAGGGGUCCGUGGCGGAAGAGGGACGCCAAAGGAGAGCCCUCGCCCCCACUUUGGGGGAGUCUCACAGGACCCCUCUCCCCACAGGACAUCUGA